ACUCCCAAUAUUCUAGCGCCUGAAUUAAGAAAAAGAGUCAUGGAAAAUCUUAGCUCUAGUUGCCAUCUUUUCUCUUUACUCGUUUUCAACACACUCUUUGCUCUGUUUUCUCGAAACUCGAUUGCAGCCGAAAGCAUAAAAGCAGAGCAAUCCAUUGAUGACACCCAAUUCAUUGUUUCAGCCGCACACAAGUUUGAAUUGGGAUUCUUCAAUGAGCCCAAAUCUUCGAAUAACAAGUAUUUAGGAAUAUGGUACAAGGGCAUUCCCAAUAAUGCUGUCGUUUGGGUGGCAAACAGAGACAACCCCAUUGUAAAUUCCUCUGCCACUUUAAAAUUCAAAGAAGAUGGAAACUUAGUUGUGGUCGAUCAAACCGGAGAAGCUUUUUGGUCUUCAAAUUCGGCAAGAUCAGUCAGAAACCCUGUAGCCCAGUUGCUGGAUUCAGGGAAUUUGGUGUUGAGAGAUUCAGAUUCAAGCUCUGAAGAUUAUGAAUGGCAGAGUUUUGAUCAUCCUUCUGAUACUCUGUUACCGGGUAUGAAACUCGGGUGGGACUCAAAAACAGGGCUAAACAAAAAAUUAACAACAGGAGAAUUCAUUUUAAGUGUCGAUAUAGAUGGGCUUCCUCAACUAGCGAUUCGUAAAGGAAACAAAACGAUUGUUAAAGGAGGGCCAUGGUUUGGUCAUGGCGGCCCCAAAGGGUCUCAAGAUUAUGUAGCCAAUUUCGUUUAUAAUGCUUCAUUUGAGAUCUCCUUUUCGUUUACUGAUUUGACCAGUGGACCUUCAAGACUUGUGUUGAAUUCAGCUGGUUCUCUUGUUCAUUAUGCAUGGAGAAAUGAAGAAAACGAUUGGCAUACAUCGUUUACACUUGAAGCAGAGGGUUGUAAUGACUAUGAAUUGUGUGGGAAUUUUGGUGUUUGUAGUUCUUCAGUAACAGCAAGUUGUAGUUGUUUAGAUGGGUUUGAAGAAAGAACAACACAAAAUUUUUCAGAUGGGUGUGUGAGAAAGGAUCCAGAAAUUUGUGGAAAGGGAGAAGGGUUUAAGAUGAUAAGAGAUGUGAAAUGGCCAGAUUCAACAGGGGAUUUGGUGAAAAUGAAAUUAGGCAGUGGACUAGAUUGCCAGAUGGAAUGCUUGACGAAUUGUUCUUGUUUAGCUUAUGGUGUUCUGAAAAUUCCUAAUGUUGGCCCUGGCUGUGUCAGUUGGUUUCAUAAAUUGAUUGAUAUUUCAUUUGUUCGUGAUGUUGGAUCUGGAGAAGAUCUCUACCUCAGAGUUGCAGCUUCCGAAUUAGAAACAAAGAAGAAAUCUAAGAAGAAGCUUAUAGUUGGUGUGGUUGUGCCGACAAUAUCAGUGAUGGUCUUCUUGGCAUUAAUCAGCUUGUUUAUAAUCAGGAAUAAAAGAAGAUCAAGAGGAAAUAAUGAAGUUGCUGCCAUAGAAACUCCAAUUCAAGAAAAUGAACUUGAAAUGCCUAUUUCUACAAUUGAAGUUGCUACAAAUCAUUUCUCUAUUUCCAAUAAAAUAGGAGAAGGUGGCUUUGGGCCUGUUUAUAAGGGAAGGCUUUCAUGUGGACAAGAAAUAGCCGUUAAAAAAUUGGGAGAAAGCUCUGAGCAAGGGCUACAAGAGUUCAAAAAUGAGAUCCUUUUAAUAUCUCAACUUCAACAUCGAAAUCUUGUCAAGCUUCUUGGCUUCUGCAUUCAUAAGCAAGAAACUUUACUCAUUUAUGAAUAUAUGCCCAACAAAAGUUUGGACUAUUUCCUUUUUGAUGUUCAAAGACGUUGUUUACUCACUUGGCCAAUGAGAAUUCAAAUUAUAAUUGGCAUUGCUCGAGGACUUCUUUAUCUUCACCGUGAUUCAAGACUUAGAAUAAUACAUCGAGAUCUUAAAGCUGCAAAUAUUUUGUUAGAUGGUGAAAUGAAGCCAAAAAUUUCAGAUUUUGGCAUGGCACGCAUGUUCGGAGAAACUCAAAUGGAAACAAAAACAAAAAGAAUUGUUGGGACCUAUGGCUACAUGUCUCCGGAGUAUGCAAUAGAUGGUUGCUUUUCAUUCAAAUCCGAUGUUUACAGCUUUGGAGUUGUACUUUUAGAAAUAAUCAGUGGGAAGAAGAACAAAGGCUUUUUUCAUCCAGAACAUCAACUUAAUCUUCUCGGACAUGCAUGGAAUUUUUGGAGUGAAGGAAGAGCUAUAGAAUUAAUAGACGACACAUUGGUGGGUCAUGUUCAAGAAUUUGAAGCACUACGAUACAUAAAUAUUGGACUUUUAUGUGUUCAAAGACGUUCAGAAGAAAGGCCAAUCAUGUCAUCUGUACUUUUCAUGUUAGAAAAUGAUGAGAUGCAAUUAAUUCUUCCUCAAAAACCUGGAUUUUAUGAGGAAAGAUUCAUAUAUGAUUAUGAUUCAUCAUUAGGGGAUCAACUAACCUCUAUCUCAAAUAAUGUUACUGUCACUUUAGUAGACGGUCGAUAGUUUUGUAGAAUAGUCAACUAAAACUGACUAUAUGUUUAAUUUUUUAUCAUGUUAAUUGUAUCAUUCAUGGGUUUUUUUUC